AUGCGAACGUUGGUGAAACACGAGAGAGACGACACACUGAAACAACAGAGAAGAGAGAUGUUUAAGAGCGCUAUAGAACAAGUUCGCAAAGCUAAUGAUGUCAUUCGUUCCAUUGACGACAAACCAAAAGAAGGUAAGAGAUGGUUAAAGAAAGAUGAAGAGAAUAGGAAGAGGAAUGUUAAGACAGGCAAUAGACUCAUUGACUUUAACAUCGAAGCUUUAGAUGAACCAAACAGAGACUACUUACACAAACAUUUGGGUAAGGUUUUCAUGAGACUCUUAGAGAAGAUUAAAAUAAACUCCCAACAAAGAUGGAUGGUAUGUUAUAAACUUGGUGGAAAGUAUGAAUGUUCUACGUUAAACCUCAAUAAUAUUGGAACAUUACUACAUCAGCUCUUGAAGGAGAACUUUAUAACAGAGAUUGAAGCAAAUGCUGCAGGUAUUGUUGAAAUGCACUAUGACUUCUUCUUGACAAACAUAAAGAAUCUUACUGAAAUAAAGAUGUAUGAUUUAACAGAAUAUGAAGGCUUAACGAUGUCAGAUGUUAAGAAAGGAAAGCCAAAAAAGAGACCCUAUAGAGAUGAAAGCACACUGACAAAUGACCAGAAAGCCA